AUGGCGGAAUCUUUGCCUGGAACCUCUGCUGAAACAUCUACAAAAGAUGAAACUGAUCCUGAAUUGACAUUCAUAAAUUUCAGCCGUAGUGUAGACAGAUUGGUUGCUGGCGGAGAUUAUGGUUUUGCAGUCUAUAAAACAAGGCCUGAUGAUGUAACACCACGUUUAAUAUUUGAAAUGAGCAGACAACCGAUGCAGAAAGACUAUAUGACGUUUGUGAAUGAUGUCCUAUUGGUUGAAAGUUUUCCACCAAUACAUAAGUUUGCAGUGGUAUUUGGAAAAAUUCCGCAAACACUUUAUUUUUAUGAUGCUGUCUUGAAAGAUUGUACCAGUUCAACUCAUUUUGCUCAAAAAAUCCUCAAUGUGAAAGCAUGCACAUCGAUAAUAGCUGUCGGUCUCGAGAGCGAAAUACAUUGUUUUCGUAUACAUACAAGUAACUAUGAAGAUCUAAAAAGUUAUGUUAGGCUUAUAAUUCAUCGGGCUCCACUCAACUUUUCACUACUAAUGGAUUUAACAGGCGAAGAAAAACCCCGUUUAGUUUAUCCCGAUUCUGAAACUGAAGGUUUAG